CUCACCCUUUAAACACCGAGGGGACACAGACGCUGACAGCCAUGACGACAAUCAACCCGCAGACGCUCGCUCCUGAAUCCAACGCCUUUGGCUACUAUCAAAACAUGUGGAAUCACCCAAAUAACUAUUUCCCUUCAAUACAAGGAGGUCCUUUCUGUUAUCAGAAUGAGGGAGCACAGACGGUGGCAACAAUGGCUAUGCCAAGUACACAACCAACACAAUCUCUACCCAUUCCAUACUGCACAGAGCGGCAGGAUAACCUGCAGAUGCAAUUUGCUCAACCGCUUGCAGGUGACAUGACAGCCACGCAGCUUCAGUACGCCAACUCCAUCCUCCCACAGGGCGUGGGGCAGGGCAGCGGUCCUCGCAACCAAUCAGAACGCAGCUUGAUGAAAAACAGGGAGGCCGCACGGGAAUAUAGGAGGCGGAGAAAGGCUUACGUUCAAGGCUUGGAGGAACGUGUGGCAAAGCUUGAAAAUCAGAAUAAGGCUCUGAAGGAAGAGCUAAAAACCUGGAAAGAAAUGUGUCAUCAUAACGGCCCUUGA